UUUCAAAAGUUUUAUUUUGAGAAGUUAGCACCAUAUUUUGCAUGUAGUUUCAUUUACAUCUUAAUGUUUGGCCAACACGCUUCUUUCAGUGUUAGUUUAGAUCUGCUGUCUGUGCUAUAACUUACCACAGGCUUGUGUUAUAGCGUUGUUUCAUGCUAGUGCGGUGCUGAACUAGCUGGGUUGUUGUAGCGUAUUAACGUUAGCUAGUUCAACGAGGGAGAAUGUGUUCCGCCGACAAUGAAGAUUUCAGGGUUAAGUUUCCUCUACAUUACUUGGUCUGGGAGAAUGAUUACAGGAAUCUCGAAAAGGAGUUGAAAAAGAGCAACAUAGAGGUGGUUGACCCCAGAGGACGGACACCGCUACACCUGGCUGUCUCCCUGGGACACCUGGAGUCAGUGAGAGUCUUGCUGAGACACAACGGGGAAGUAACCAAAGAGAAUGGGAAGGGAUGGACAGUGUUGCAGGAGGCGGUCAGCACUGGGGACCCAGAGAUGGUACAGCUGGUGCUGCAGAGACGGGACUACCUCAAAGCCUCCACCGCCCUGGGAGGGGUGCCUGAGCUACUGUCCAAAAUCCGCGAGUCUCCAGAUUUUUAUAUGGAAAUGAAGUGGGAGUUCACGAGUUGGAUCCCCCUGGUGUCACGGGUGUGCCCCAGCGACGUGUGUCGGAUUUGGAAGAGUGGUGCCAACAUUCGCGUGGACGCCACGCUGCUGGGCUUCGAGAACAUGACCUGGAUCAGGGGUCGAAGGAGCUACAUCUUCAGAGGAGACGACAGCUGCACAGAACUGAUUGAAGUGAAUCACGACGAAGAGGUCGUCGACACGGAGCGGUUCGACAUCACCCGGGAGAUGGAAGACGUCACGUUGGACUCCAUGCAGCCGGCCGAACACGAAGUCGCCAAGAGGCUGACGACUCCCAUCGUCAACACCUACCUGGACACGCGCCACAUCGCCUUCGAGAGGAAUAAAUCUGGGAUUUGGGGCUGGAGGACAGACAAAACUGAGGUUGUCAACGGAUUUGAAGCCAAGGUGUUCACUGUGAACAACGUGAACGUGGUGAUCAGAACGAGGACAGAGCACCUCACAGACGAGGAGAAGGCCAGAAUAAAAGAUGAGCGGAACAUUCUGGAAUCUCUCCUGGGAACAGUGGAGCAGCACUUCAGCGCCCAGGGGGACCUGACCAUGGAGUAUGCGACAGCCACCAACCCUACUGCCAUCACGCCGGAGGAGUAUUUCGACCCGGACUUCGACCUGAAGGACCGAGACAUCGGCCGGCCCAUCGAGCUCACCAUCCGAACCCAAAAGUUCAAGGGCACCCUGUGGAUGAGCGAGGAGCACCCCCUCUCCCUGGUGGAGCAGGUGACCCCCAUCAUCGACCUCAUGGCCCGGACGAGCACUCACUUCGCCCGGCUGAGGGACUUUGUCGCGCUCCAGUUUCCUCCAGGAUUCCCGGUCAAGAUCGAGAUCCCACUGUUCCACGUGCUGAAUGCUCGGAUCACGUUCGGGAACGUCAACAAGUGCAGCACGGGAGAGCCUCCGGACUCAGACUCGCCAGCUGCAGCCGCCACGCCCACCACGCCCACGACACCCGCCGAGGAGGAGGCUGUGGCCCUCGCUCCGUUCCAGGUGUGCCCGACGGUGUUCGAGAUCCCCGCGCGAUACCGCCACCGCGGCGGGGGAAGCAGGGUCGCGCCCGUGUCCAAUCACGACGAGGAGCUGCUGCAGUACGCCAUCCACCAGAGUUUACUGGAGGCCAACGGAGGCUUGCGGGAGACAUCUUGGGUUGAGAGCAAUGGGAGGGUCGGCGAAUCGACGCCCAACAGCCCCGGUGAAAGAUCAGUCCCAGAGGGGGUGCUGGUGGACCUGGGAAACUCGGUUAGCUCAGUCCGCUCCCCAUCCACCGUCAGCCCCGACUCGGACCUCCAGCUCGCCAUUUCCCUCUCCGCCCGGGCGCAGGAGGAGGAAGAGCAGAGACGGAGGGAGGAAGAGGAGGAACUGGAGCGGAUUUUGAAGCUCUCGCUCACUGAGAAAUAAGGGCGAGAGGGGAGCAAAACAAUCGUUAUUUUUUUCCUUUAAAGGGAGCGAGUCGACCUUUGCCAUAACUACGCUAACUUUCUAACUCGGCCAUUUUGUCACCUGCUACAUAGGAAAACUGUUAGGUGUCAGUCUAACAGCAGGUGGGCCCAUCCACCACAAGCAACUUUUGUUAAUGUGUGAGACACAUUAUUUCUUACUAUUUUAUAUGCAUAAACAUUUAUAUAUAUUAUAUAUUUGUAUCCCUUCAUAAUUUUGUACGCGCACUCGUUUCUUGUACAGCACCUCUGUGGCAAGUUCCGUGUGUGUGUGUGUGUGUCGGUCGGUCGGUUGGGUUUUAACACUACCUUAAGAGAGACGGGAGCGGAAAAGGCGUCUGGCCUAUGGACUGCAAUGUUUCGGGCGGUUUGAGAAUUCCACUGUGAAGGCGAGGGUGUCGCAGCCGACAGAUCCGAUCGCGUGUAGAAUACGACCGGCGACGUGCCGGUGAGAGCCAGAGGUGUGGAUAAUGUAGCAGAGAGUUUGUAGGGUUUUAGAAAGGCUUUAGUGUUCCAGUAAAAAAAAAAAAAAAGAUAUCUCAGGGUUCCCUAGUUCCUCUGUCCUUUUUAUAAGAUGGGUGCAGACGUAAGACAGAGUGUACGCGUUGAGUGGUAUGGCAGUCCGGUCGGACGACGGUGGAGGCCGGACUGUGGCACGUUCACAAAUCGCUUAAAUCCAGGCCAAUUGCCAAGCUUUCACGUUUUCAUGUCCGGGUCAAACAAAGGUCAGUAACUGCACACCACGUUAGCGACAGCCGGCACCUUCCGACGAACAGGUGAGAGAAACUGUCGAAGCAAUAGCGAUGCCAGUGUGCCUGCAGAAAGGGCACACGGCUCAUAACUGGCCACACGUGAUGUCAGUCUCCCGUGACGUCCAGCACAGCGGACUGCGAGUCUAACGUUCAGGUCUGCUGUGUGGGCUUUUAAUGAUAAGUUUCUGUUUAUAAAUGUUUAUAGAGUUGGCUCACAAAGCAGUAAUGUGCCAGAGCAGCAAUGCAAGUAUUAAAAGGGCUCAACCGCCCCCCCCCCCUUAAUAAAGGCAGCACAACGACCGCAGCGCAGGUCGGCAGGUGAAUUCCUGGAAUGUUAUCCACUCCGUAUGUGAAUGCGGACACCUGCUGAAUGUAGCAUUCCUGACUGCGUUGGUGUCUCUCUGCCUGUGGAGAGAGGCCUGGUAGCGCUGCUGUUAGCCCUGCUAGCCUUUUCCAGCAGCCUGCAAUGCAAUUUAAUUCAAGACCAAACUGAUUUAAAAAAAGGGAAGAAAUUGUUGGAGGUGUGUAGCAACAGGCUCAGAUGGAGGGGAAUUUGAGAUUUUAUACUUUAAUUGCUCAAAAUAAUUAAUUGUUGCAUUUAAACAACACUGCGGACUGAUAGUGCAUAUAAAGUAUUUACAACCCGUUACUUAAUGUUUCCUGAUGGCUGGUACUCUAAACCUAAGAGGAUCAUAUACCCAGACAAGAGAUCUCUAUCAUCCAAAAUAAUUUUGCAGAAAUAAUAUUGGUUUUGAAGGGGGAAGAGACUUUGUAUGCUGUAUUAAUUUUGCUGGAGAGCUCUUAACAUGUUGAAAAAAUUGCUUCUUAAAGACAUUUGUAAACUGUGGUGUCAGUUUUUAAAAUGUUUGUUUUUGUCUUUUAAAAAAAUAAAAAAUAAAAGCACUUUAUUUCCAGUGAGAUUUUAAGAGAGCUAAUUGUAUUAAGAGUUGUAAAAACUGAGAAUAGUAUCAUGAUACUUGCAAUUUGCUGUUCGCUUGAGUUCCUUUUUGGAAAAAAGUGACACUUCCCAAGUCAAACAGGUGAUGGCAGUGUUCUUUGAUAUUUUAUUGUAGUUUCUCGGUGCCCUUCCUGACAGACCAAAAAGGAUUGUCUUUGUUUCAUUUGUCUAAUAAACUUGGUCCUUAUCA